CGAGGAACGAGACGGCUGAGAACGCGGUACAGCAACGGUCCGUAGGCCCAGGGCUGGCUACCCGAGUCUGGUGCAGUGCGGCCGCCCGCUGAAGCCGCAGCCAUGGACACGAACGAGAUGCUCGUCCUGGAGAACUUCAUCAACGGCAAGUUCGAGUCGCUGCCCGAGACCAUCGAGAAUGUGGACCCGUCCACGGGAAUCGUCUACUCCCGCCUACCCAACAGCGGCUCGCGCGAGGUCGACAAGGCAGUGCACGCUGCCAUGCAGGCCUUUCCCAUGUGGUCGACGAAGUCUCCGGGAGAGCGCUCCAAGUUCCUCAUCCGCAUUGCCGACCUGAUCGAGAGCCGGGUGGACGAGUUCUCCCAGGCCGCGUCUCGAGACCAGGGCAUGCCUGUCUGGCUGGCGCGCACCCUCGACAUCCCACGCGCUGUCCACAACUUCCGACACUUCGCGACCACUGCCCAGUGUGACCGGGAGAUGGCAAUCCCCCAGCAGCAAUCCAACGUGCUUCAUUACACGGUCCGCUCCGCUGUGGGCGUGGUGGCGGUGAUCGUGCCGUGGAACCUGCCGCUGUACCUGCUCACCUUCAAGCUGGCGCCGGCCAUGGUGUACGGAAACACGGUGGUGGCCAAACCGAGCGAGCUUACCUCCGUCACCGCAUGGAUGCUCGCUAAGGUGUUCGUGGACGCCGGACUUCCUCCGGGCGUUGUGAACUUUGUAUUCGGCUACGGCCACAUCGUGGGCGAUGCGCUGGUGCGCCAUCCGAACACCAAGGCCAUCUCAUUCACCGGCAGCACCAAGACGGGCACCACUAUCGCCCAAAUGGCUGCGCCACACGCCAAAAAGCUCUCCCUGGAGAUGGGUGGCAAGAAUGCAGCCAUCGUGUUCGAGGACGCCGACCUCAAGAAGUGCAUCGCCACACUUAUAAAGGCCAGCUUUCUGAACCAAGGUGAGAUAUGUCUCUGCACGAGCCGCAUCUACGUCCACAAGAAAAUCUACCAAACGUUCACGGACAUGUUUGUUCAAGAAGCAAGGAAGCUGAAGGUGGGUCCACCACAGAGCGAGUCCGUCUUCAUGGGUGCACUGGUCAGCAAGGAGCAUCUGGAGAAGGUCAAGUUCUACAUCAAGCUUGCCAUGCAGGAUGGCGGCAAGGUGCUCUGCGGCGGCCUCGGGGAAGAGCCAAAGUUGCCCAAAGAGAACAAGAACGGUUAUUUUCUGCUACCCACCGUAAUCACUGACCUGCCGCACGCAUCACGCUGUAUCCAAGAGGAGAUCUUCGGGCCAGUCACCUGCCUGACAGCCUUCGAUACUGACCAUGAGGUUGUUGAAAAAGUCAAUGGAGUCGCGUAUGGACUAUGCGCCAGCAUCUGGUCUAAGGACGUCUGCCGCAUCCACAAGAUGGCUCAGCAUCUUGAGGUUGGCACCAUAUGGUGCAACUGCUGGAUGGUGCGGCACCUGCACAUGCCUUUUGGAGGGAUGAAGAUGUCCGGCGUUGGACGUGAAGGCACCGAUGCUUCCAAGGAGUUCUAUACAGAAGUGAAAUCAGUCUGUCUAGACUACAGCUAAACCGUGGUGGCUGCCAUAUGAUGCAGCACUGCAAUAAAAAUUUAGGCUGGACA